AUACCUACAUGCUACGAAAACGAGAGGAGCCUAAGGUCAAGCAUGUCGACUGGCACACGUCCUUCACAGAUCCAACCUCACCUGACAUUCCUUCCGAAAUCGCCGGGGAGGUUCGAACAGCGCGACGACCGAUUACUCUUAGCCGAACAUAAUCAGCCGAAGUCACGAAAAAGGUGCUCGCAACAUGAGUAGCCAUUUUAAGGGGAGGAUGAACGGUCUGGGUGCAGUUGUGCCUACAAACAAUCUCAACGGAAGAAAUCAACCUUCGUCGCGCCUUGUACGAUCAUCGCCACCACAUCCUUCAAGCCCACCGCCGCCUGCAAAACGUCCAAAGAUCGAAGAUAGUUUUGCACACACACAGUCUCACUUCGCCAUUGUGCUGGAUCGUGAUGCGACCCCCGACAAGCACGCCCCCCGCAAACGCUCGUUAGACAACACCAGCGACUCCCAGCAGACAUUUAGAUCACAACCAUCUAAUAGUAAAGGGAUCCAUCUAACCCAACCGCAUAUCUCCGAAUAUCGAAGUGUCGAAAAUUUCAUCAAAGCGCCAUCAAGAAAAAGGGUUCGACGUGAUCGGUCCGAGUCUGCCGAUAGGAUUUUUAUUGAAGAUCAUGAAGAGCGUGAUAUGGAUAGUGAUGGAGAUGUAGAGUGUAUUGAGGCACCUGAGCAAGCAAAAAACGCACAUACGCGCACACAGGGUCCGACUCGGGAGGAAGACUCACAGCCUAUUACAGCGUUUGCAUCACGCUUUGGAGAUCGUGGUAAAGGGGCUGCCAGGGUUAAUCAAUCAACUACCGCCGCUACGAGACUGGGCAAGAUUAUAGAAAAUACGGAACGGAAGAUUCCAGAGUGGAGGAACGGUAAACUCAAGAGUAUGGAUUCAAGCCCAGACGAACUGGCACCGGAAGCGCAAGACAUGAGGGGCAAAGUGCUAACAAAACGACCUGUUACUCCCUCGCCAAGUUUAUCUAAGAGAGGCGACAUUGCACCCACCAAAUUCUCAUCGUUGUCUAAUGCUAGACCGAAUAUCACAAAGGGGACGGCUAACAAGUUGACCUUGGAAAAUGCCAAGGAAAUUAUUGGCUCAAGGCUUCUCAUCGUACGGGCUGUCUCAGGCCGCUACAAAUAUGAAGUGCAUAAGACUAGUAGUGUGGACGAAUGCUUUCUAAAGUUGCGGGAUAUGAGCCACAUCCUUCACCCGACGAAUCUAGACGGCGACAUCUUGAAACAAUACUCAUAUUUGACCAUCAACAUGAAGAAGAUAUUAUCGGUUCACAUCCCAUCCAACCCGGAUUAUCAUGUGGUCUCAAUAAGUCGUUCUCUUGAUGCUGCGACAAGUGCCAGUCCUAAGUUGAUGAUUGAGUUUAAAACCUCUGAAGACAUCCAACACUUUAAAGAAUGGAUGGAAAUGGGCAGCGAAGAUGGAUUACAGCUUAAACUUUCCAUCUUUGGGGACCGGGAGAAGGUUGACAAAGAGUUUUUAAAUCUGAUGAGCAAAGCAGAAAGAAGUACGGUUAUUACGGAUCAGGAGCCAGUGGGAGAUGACAUUAAACUCAUCCAGCAUAAUACGCAGGAUCGUGCGAGGCAGGCGAAGUUCGCCAGCCGGCCGCAUAUUUCUAAUAAUCAGCCUGUGAAGACGAAAGACUUAAUGAGGCCUUAUGGCACCACGGCCCCAUCAAACGUCGAAGUAACAAUCAUACCACACAGCUCCGUUGCAUCCCCUGCUCAGCGACCGGUACGGACGACCCGAUCCACGUUCGCAUUGAAAUCCCCCUCUUCAGCGUCCGAGCCACCUGAGCCCGAAGGUUGGACGGUUCUGAACGAAGGUUGGGAGAAAAACUGGCGUAACUCUCUGGUGUUCCCUACCCAUGGUAAGAACCGAGCCACAGUCGACAAGGAGGACAUCCCUCGGUUAGACGAGGGUCAGUUUCUAAAUGAUAAUGUACUUGCUUUCUAUCUACGCUAUCUCCAACAUUCACUGGAGGCGGAGAGGCCAGACUUGGCUCAGAGGAUUUAUUUCCAGAAUACAUUUUUCUACUCAAAACUCAAGUCUUCGAGAACGAGCCAGGGAAUCAACUAUGAUAGCGUCAAAGCGUGGACUUCCAAGGUCGAUCUCUUUACGAAGGAUUAUAUCAUUGUCCCAAUUAACGAGUAUACCCAUUGGUAUGUUGCGAUAAUCUACAAUGCGCCAAAACUCCUCCCAUCCGCCGAUAAGGAGGUCUCCGACGCCCAAUCUACGGAUACGAUCACCAUCGAAGAAGAUAGCCAUAAUUCUGGAGACGUAUCCACUGCUCUACCCGAGGACGGGAAUUUGAUUGAGCCUACGAAUAUAGAAGCCGUCAUCUCUGCAGCACAGAACGAUAUAACCAAUCACUUAAGUCUCAUAGAACCAGAAGAGCAGAAGGAAGAGGCGCAAUCGAGCGGAAACGAACAAGACGUCGAAUUAGUCAAAGGGAAGAACAGCCCUAAAGCAGAUGCAGAUCAAGAUUCCCUUCCUAACGAUUCCCUCCGACAAAAGAAGCCCAAUAAAAGACAAAGUAUAGGUCCUCGAAAUGCUCGAAAAUACGACCCGACCCAACCAAGGAUCAUCACGCUCGACUCGUUAGGGAUAACACAUUCCCCGGCUUGCGGCUGUCUUAAGCAGUAUUUAAUUGCAGAGCUCAAGGACAAGAAAGGCAUAGAGAUUUCAACUCCUGGGGCCUUGGGUAUGACAGCUAAGAACGUCCCCCAGCAAACAAAUCAUUGCGACUGCGGGCCCUUUUUGCUAGGAUACAUACAGCAAUUCUUAAAGGAUCCGGACACAUUCGUUCAUAGCCUUCUUCAACACGAGAACGAUAUUCCCUGGGACCUUAAUCCAUCACAGAUCCGCAACGAAAUUAGGGAUUUGAUUUUCAAGCUUCAGAAGGAGCAGCAAGACCGAGAAGAUGCACACAGGGAAGAGAAACGCAACAAAAACGGGCCGAAAAAGAAGAGCCCAGCCAUAGACCAGCAGAGUGCGCCGCCUGGAAAGAAGCCAAUCGUUGACCAAAGCCUGUCUGAACAUCUAGAGGAUCAUGCCAUCCCCAAAGAUAACGAAGCCAUCGCCAAACCAAAACCGAGAUCACCUACCCCUAAUACGUCCGAUUUCAAAAGUAAGUCCGUAUCUGAGGUGAACGAGGACCUCCAUAUGCCUGGUUCGUUUCCUCAGUCUCCAGCUGUGAGCAGGUCAAAUACAAGGGGCUCCUCGACCGUAGCUGAAAGUGAAACGCCUAAACAAACCAAACUUCCAAAGUUUGUCUCACCGCUUCCUGGUUCUUCUGGCGAUUCUUCGCCAACAAGGCCUAUCUUCGUUGUCGAUUCAACAGCCUCCCCAGAGCAGAGACAAGAUCUCACGCGCGGCCCUACGAAUCAUAAGGCCCCCUAUUCAACAGUGGAGAUACUUGAUGAUCUUGUCAAGGAAAGACAAAGGCCAGCUAGUAAAGGUCGAGAUCAAGAGGAAACACCUACGACUAGUCCCUACUUUGCGGGUCGCCGGCCCGCCGAUAGGAUGGCAUCAGCUAAACUACACCAAGAGCCAGAUCAGUCACGCAUCGUCGUUGAUCUGUCUGACUAAAUGAUACACACGUAAUUUAUCGUGUGUUUAUUCUCUUAAAGUUCGGUAUGGGAAAUAUGGGGAUGGAGUUUAUGCGGGAGGCAUCAUAUUUGGCCUCGUACAUAUCUGCAUGGGAACGGCGUCCGCGGUCUGGGUUUUCAAAAGUGUGUCGCCCCAUAUACCCCUUGCGGAGAGCCGAAUUGCGGCUUUUGCCCGCGAGCACGGCGCGAUCACAAUAAGUGAGCGAAUGAAUAAAGCAUAAUGAAACGUCUACUUGACCCUCGUAAAUUUCUCUAGAUUGACCGUGACAUG